AUGAGAUCCGAUCUGAAGGAUUACGAAAAACAAAUUGAAAGCGACGAUGCGGUUUCGGGCCUUACCGGAGAGGCUUUGAACAUUUCAACUCGUCAUCAAGAGUCUCAAGCUGCCGAGGACCACAGAUUGAAGCGGGUUUUGGAUGCAAGGCAUCUUUCUAUGAUCGCCAUUGGAGGUGCCCUUGGUACUGGCUUGUUGAUUGGAACCGGCUCUGCUUUGAGAUCGGCUGGACCUGCUGCCAUAUUUCUUAGCUACUCGAUCGUUGGCUUUGUAGUUUACAUGGUGCUCAAUGGUCUAGGCGAGGUUGCAACACACAUUCCUCUAGCUGAUGGAUUCGCUGGUUAUUGUCACAGAUACGUUGACGAAGCACUUGGAUUCGCCUGUGGAUGGACAUACUUGUUUUUGUGUUUGUUGGUAGCGGCAAACCAGUUGGUUGCAGGUGCCUUGACAAUACAAUACUGGAUUUCUCCUGAAACGGCUAACCCGGGUAUCUGGGUAGCGGUGCUUUUGGUAUUCAUCACCACCGUCAACGUCCUCGGAGUCCGUUUCUUUGGUGAGGUGGAGUUCUGGUUCUCUGUGACCAAAGUCUGCACUUGUCUUGGUCUUAUCAUCUUAUUGCUUGUCAUUGCUUUAGGAGGUGGACCUACUGGCGAUCGCCUUGGUUUCCGUUACUGGCAGAAUCCUGGUGCAUUUAGAGAGUACGCAGAGCCUCUGAGAGAUCUUCACAUUGACGGCGAUCUCGGCAGAUUUGUGUCUUUUAUUUCUGUGCUUGUUACUAGUGUCUUUGCGUACUCUGGCUGUGAGUUGGUGGGUAUCACAUUUCCUGAAUGCGCUAGACCAAGAAAGGCCAUUCCCAAAGCAAUCAGGUUGACAUUCUACCGUAUUGUCAUCUUUUACGUCCUCAAUGUGUUGGUCUUGGGUAUGUGUGUUCCCUAUGACGAUGAACGGCUUUUGGGUGCCAGUGGACUCACAGCUUCAGCGUCCCCUUUUGUGAUUGCCAUUUUCAAUGCCCAGAUUCAAGGUUUGGAUCAUGUCAUCAACGCCUGUAUUUUGAUCUUCGUUUCUUCCGCUGCCGUUGCUGACAUGUACAUUUCCUCCAGAACGAUAUAUGGACUCUCGGUUUCGGGAUACGCUCCUUCAUUUUUUUCAAAAACAGACAGGAGAGGCGUGCCAUACUACGGUAUAAUGCUCUCCUUCUCAUUUGCAUUGUUGGCAUUCAUGGUGACCUCUUCAGAAGCGGCUGAAGUUUUUGAUCAUUUUGUAAACGUCGUUUCUCUCGCAGGUUUGCUUGCCUGGGCAUGCAUUCUCGUUGUUCACAUGAGGUUUAUGAGUGCCGUGAAAGUACAGGGCAUCAGUCGAAAAAAGGACUUGGCCUUUCGCUCUCCACUCCAGCCUUUUGGCACAUACUUUUCCCUUGGUAUCUGUGUUUUCGUGAUCUUCGCAAAGAACUUCACCGUUUUCCUUGGAAGUCCCUUUGACUACGAGACCUUCAUCACAGGCUACAUUAUGCUUCCCGUAUUUCUCAUAAUGUACUUUGGUUGGAAGUUCUGGAAGAAGACUAGGAUUAUCCCAGCCAGUGAGAUCAAUCUCGUGUCAUUCCGUGAGGCUUUUGACUACCAGGAAGAGCUAUUCCAGGCAAAAGACGCUGAAGAGCGGGAGGCAAGGGAGGCAAACGGAAACCCCAUCAAUUUCCGCUGGCUUUACAACAAGAUAUUUGGCUGGAUUUUCUGA